AUGGCCGCGCGGCUGGAGGGUCCGGAGCGGCGGCGCCCUGAGCCGGAGCCGGAGCCGGAGCCGAGCGCACGGGAGCCGCUUGCACGCUUCGUGCUGGGGCUGGACGUGGGCAGCUCGGUGAUCCGCUGCCACGUCUACGACCGGACGGCGCGGGUCCGCGGCUCCAGCGAGCAGAAGGUGGACAAUCUUUAUCCUCAACCUGGCUGGGUUGAAAUUGAUCCUGACGUUCUCUGGGCACAAUUUGUUGCUGUAAUAAAAGAUGCUGUUAAAGCUGCAGGAGUGCAGAUGAACCAAAUUGCUGGUCUUGGCCUGUCAACACAGAGAGCAACUUUCAUUACGUGGAACAAGAAAACAGGUCAUCAUUUUCAUAACUUCAUUAGCUGGCAAGACCUAAGGGCAACUGAACUUGUGAAAUCUUGGAAUAACUCUCUUAUAAUGAAGUUACUACACAGCUCCUGCCGAGUACUUCACUUUUUCAGUAGAAAUCAACGAAUGCUAACAGCCAGUCGAUUUAAUUUCACCACCCAGCAGGCUUCUUUGCGAUUGGUAUGGAUUUUACAGAACCUGUCUGAGGUUCAAAAGGCAGUUGAAGAAGAAAAUUGUUGCUUUGGGACUAUUGACACCUGGCUAUUACAUAAGCUCACAAAAGGUUCUGCAUAUGCCACGGAUUUUUCAAAUGCCAGUACAACUGGAUUUUUUGAUCCAUUUAGGAUGUGCUGGAGUGGGCUCAUCACCUCCAUAGUCUCCAUCCCGCAUUCCAUCCUGCCUCCUGUGAAGGACACGAGCCACAAUUUUGGAUCAGUAGAUGAAGAGAUAUUUGGUGUGCCUAUACCAAUCGUUGCCUUGGUUGGUGACCAGCAAUCAGCCAUGUUUGGAGAGUGCUGCUUCCAGACAGGAGACGUGAAGUUAACCAUGGGAACUGGAACUUUCUUGGAUAUUAAUACUGGAAACAACCUUCAACAAACUAAUGGAGGCUUUUAUCCAUUAAUUGGAUGGAAAAUUGGACAAGAAGUGGUGUGCUUAGCUGAAGGCAAUGCAGGAGACACGGGUACUGCCAUAAAAUGGGCUCAGCAGUUAGAUCUUUUCAAAGAUGCUGCUGAGACUGAAAAAAUGGCCCAAAGUUUAGAAGAUUCUGAAGGAGUUUAUUUUGUUCCAUCUUUUAGUGGAUUACAGGCUCCAGUAAAUGACCCCUGUGCAUGUGCUGCUUUUAUGGGGUUGAAGCCUUCCACCAGUAAAUUCCAUCUUGUCCGAGCAAUCCUGGAGUCAAUAGCUUUCAGAAACAAACAACUAUAUGAUAUGUUGCAGAAGGAAAUCCAUAUCCCAGUUACAAAUGUCCGGGCAGAUGGAGGAGUUUGUAAGAAUGCUUUUGUCAUGCAGAUGACUUCAGAUUUGAUCAAUAAGAAGAUAGACAGACCUGCAGACUUCGACAUGUCCUGCCUAGGUGCAGCUUCUCUAGCCGGCCUUGCUAUUGGUUUUUGGACUGACAAGGAGGAACUAAUGAAGCUGAGGCAAAGUGAAAUGGUUUUCAAGCCACAGAAGAAAUGGCAAGAGUAUGAAAUGAAUAUGGAAAAUUGGGUCAAAGCUGUGAAGCGCUCUAUGAAUUGGUAUAACAAGAUGUAACACUAAUUGAAAUGUCAAAACCCUACAUGGCUAAGGAACAGGAUGUAGAGAUGGGACACCACUCAGGGAUCACCAGCAUGACCAUGUCUGAGAAAAGGUUCCAAAUGAGCUUCACAAUCCAAGUCCAAGUCUUAGUAGAAGGCAACAAUACCUCAGAGCUUUAUAUCCUCUAUUUUUUAGCAAAUUCCAAAAGACACUAGCCAUUUCCAACUGUAUUUUGACAGUUGUGGGUCCCUCUCCUUUUUUAUGCUGGGUAAUGGUACCUAGAGCACAGCUGUUCACCCUCCAAGAGGUAAUAGUUAUGGGUCAAGCACCAUUCAACUUUUGUUUAAAACCAUGUGAACAGUGUUUCUUUCAUUCUCUAAAACUAAGUGGAUUUCUUGAAAUCCACGUAACUAAAAAGAAAGAGUGAUAGAAAAAAAUGUGGAAUUUCAAAGCAUUAUUUGAUGUGUAAAGCCAUAAUUUUUUAAUGUCAUAUCUAAAUAUGAACUUAGCUUACCACUCUGAGUUAAAGCUCUUUAGUCAGUGCUUUCCUUUACUGGGUAUAAAGACACUGCCUUAAUUCUUCCUUGUUCAGCCAAAAUCUGAGGGUUAUAUUUUGUUGUUGUUGAGCUGGAACCCAAGAUCCUCCUGCUUCAGCUUCCUUAGGGCUGGGAUUACAGGGGUGUAUCAUUGUGCCUAGCUGAACAUUCUUCAUAUGCUGAAAAACUAAUUUUACUUAGUAGACUAAAAUAACAUUGAAGCUAGGCGUGGUCAUCCAUGCCUUCAGUUCCAGUACUUGGGAGAGAGAGGCAGGAGAAAAAAGUCCUAUGGUUAUAGAACUAUUAUACAACUAGGCAAGUAAAGAAGUGACUAGGAGAAUUAUUUUAUUUUAUUUUAGUUUUUGGUUUUUCAAGAUAGAGUCUCACUCUAGCUCAGGCUGACCUGGAAUUCACUAUGUAUUCUCAGGGUGGCUUCGAACUCACAGUGAUCCUCCUACCUCUGCCUCCCCAGUGCUGGGAUUAAAGGUGUGCGUCACCAUGCCUGGAUUUUAUUUUCUUUUUAAGAGAGAAUCUCAUUGCUGCUGUUAAAUAUGUCCCUUUUGGAGUUAUGAUAGAACUAGCAAUUACAUGGCCUUUCUGUGAAUUCUGUUCCAAUGACCUCCAGUGUCUUUUUUUUUUUUAAUU